UUUCAUUCUGUUCUGUCUUAGCUAGCUACCUACAACUAUACCAAAUGGACUGGUUUAUCAUCUGCUUAUGUAGUAGAAUUAACACACUGCAUCAAUACAGGUACCUGCUGGUCACUAGUCAAAUAUAUAUUUUAUACUGUAGUAGCCAUAGAAUUAGGAAUUUGAGUACUAGAAUUGACAUGGCCUGUCUUAUGAUGGGAUAAAGGUCAGAUAUUUUGGUCAGGGAGUUGGUCAACCCUGGUUUACCAGUGCUGUAAUAAGAUAUUGUGUAAAAUAAUGAUUUUAAGAAUUUAUCUGUACUCUUUGUUAGCUAGCCAGCCAAUUUCAGAGGAAUAAUUCCAUAUCUUAAUGAAAUGAACUGCCAAGAUGCCAACAUUCAUUUUCAAAGAAUACAGUGAGUCAAUAGGCAUUUCACGCCCCCAAAAGACCACUUCCUUCCACGCCGAGCAGUGUGUGACGAUAUCCGGUUGUCUGUAGUCUACUGCGAAAUUCAAACAUUGGAGUUUACCCAGUCACUGCUCAAUUUGCCCAAGUUUGGCAUUAGUCAUGUGGCUAUUGUUCACGAACAUUCCCAGACGAAGAGAUCUGAACUUCAUAAAAAGGAUACAAGUUCUUCCACAAAGAAUAUCUUCAACGAUCAAGGUAAGUUAGUACUUGAAGUGACCUGUUGAGAUAGAUAGCUAGCUAACGAUAGCUAAGACGUUACCAAAUUGGUUAGUGCUAACAUGAGUUAGCUAACGUUACUUAAGAUUUGUCAGACUUAGUUAACGUUAAUAAGUUAGCUAGCUAUUUGGCCAGCCACUGUAAUCUAUUUGUUUCUCGCUAGCUAGAGCCGUCUCAGUAACGUUAAGAGUAGCAAUGGUAAACUGAUGCAUACAUCAAUUUAAUGUUUGUCACCUAACGUUCUUUCCUGCUCUGUUCUUCUGAAUAUGCAUUGUGACACAUGGUAGACCAGGAGGGGGCAGUGGUAGUCUGGGCAAGGUGUCACAUGUGAAUGAGGAGCUCUAGUCGCUGCAGGUUAGAGAGAUGAUAGGCAGUUUAAUUGCUUAGUGUUGCAGUGGUUAGUUUACCUGUGUUGUUUAAAAGAAUCAAACUCUGUAUCUGUUCACUGUAGGCAUAGUUCCUUUGUUACUGAUCUGAAGCUGGAUAACAACAUGUUGUAUAGUCCACUUUUAUUACAGUUCGUCUUAUGUUUUUAAUGUCAGAAGUGAAGAGAAGCAAACAUGACCUUGCUGCUGCAGAUGAUCAAAAACAUUGUAUGAUGACCCCCCCCCCCCCUACAUGUUAUUUUAGGUUACAUUGCAAGCACCCAAGAAGCCUGUCAUCGUCAACGGCUUGUCUUGUUCAGCUGAGGGCGUUUUGUGCAAUAUGGUGACUCUACUCUUCCAGGCUGCACAUUACACCACACUGGGGUUGUAGACUGUCAGCACCAUUGCCUUGCACGGAGGGCAUUUGUUCAGAGCCCAUAGGAUGAAAUGGUUCUGAGGAAGCCAAGGACAUCAGGCAAGAGUGGCAUAAAACCCACUCUUUACCAAGCAUUCCCUGGCCCCUUCCUGACAUUACUGUGUCUGCUGGACCAAGUUUGAGGAACAUGUGACCACAGCCUGCCAUUGCCACAGUGCUGCAUGGACUCUGGGUGACUCUAGAUUUGGUCCAAUGCUCCAUGGGUCAGUGCUGUCACAUCAUUGUCCCCCAACUGUCACCAGAGAUUCUAAAACACCCAGAUGCUCCUCUAUUCCUCCAGCUCUCAGUAAAAUAAAGUAAAUUGUACAGUAAUUUAAACUUUGUCCCUACUUGCACUCAGUUUUACCACUUGGAGAGCUUAAAGGUGUCACCAGCAUUGUCAUCUGCUAUUGAGAAGGACACAGUCGAGCAGUCUGUCUGUCCACUAUGGAAGGAAAUGAGGAAACCAUGUGUGAUUGCUCGCCAGUUUAGGGAGGCAUGCCAGGUGCGUGGGGAGUCAUCUAGCCAGGCCCUAGCCAUGAGAAUGCUUCGAGGUGAACGGCAAACCGGAGCUAUGCGAAGGGGUCUUGAGCUUAAGCCAGAGGUUCUCCAGAACUACUCUCAAUGAUUUGAUGUCUCAGUCAAACGUUGUGGUUUCGUUGUGCACCCAGAUGCACCCCAUCUCGGGGCAAACCAUGAUGAGAAAGUUUAUGGCCCUUCUGCAGCGCCGCCCUUCAGGCUAGCUGAGAUCAAGUGCCUGAUGUUGAGUGUAACUGAUGUGAAGCACAUUUCAGUUUGUCAAUGGCCAGGCCAAGCUCAAACACAGCCACAAAUAUCACUAGCAAGUCCAGGGUCAACUGCCUGUAACCAUUUUAGUUUGGUACGACUUCACUACAAGCACUAGAAGUGCCAUUACAGUAGAGAGUUUGGAGAGAUGAUUCUUUAGUGACAGAGAUGAGAGGAACCUGACCUCUUCUACACCUACAGGGAUGUUUAGAUAACUCAUCAAAGUUGUAUGUAGAUGAAUUUUCAUUUUGAAUUAAAGAAUUGUUUUGUUCUUUGUCUUUCCUGUGUGGCUCAGGUGGUAGAGCAUGGGGCUCAUAACGCCGGGGUUAUGGGUUCGAUUCCCACGGGGGAACCAGUACACAAGUAUCAAUGUAUGCACUCACUACUGUAUGUCGCUCUGGAUAAGAGUCUGCUAAAUUAACAUUGAAUUGGAGUGAGUUACUGAUUAAAUUGUGAUUUAUUUUAUGACUUAACAUGUCACAUAAUAAAUGUAUUUAUUUAAUCAAAUCUUCAAAUAAAGUUCUCUCUUUAACAAACACUACAUCCCAAAAACAUUCUUAUUCAUUAAACUAUUUAUCAGUACAUAUUCAAUAUCAAAAAUAUCCCAAAUUCAUAUCUUGUCUGAACAGAUCAAUAAAAAUAAAACAGACGUACACAGGUUUAAAGCUGUUAUUUAUCAUGAUCUAAUUAAAUGAACUCAAAUCAUUAUUUUGUGUGUGCACUGCCGUGCUUGAGCAUGUUUUCACACUGGCUGAUCACCCUUGAGACCCAGAGGUCCCUGGUAGUUCACCAAUAAGCAGCAGUUCUUCCACAGUUGAUUGACAGCCUACCAGAGUGAGUGGGAUAAUCUUAUCCCAGAUAUAGUACUCUCUACUAGCAUACUGACGUGCAUUGACUUGCUUUCGCUCUUGUCCUUCCACGUAAGUGGAGUUGCUCUCUUCAAUGGGGGAAUGAUGAGCGUUGCCCCCACAUCUGACAGCAUCCUCUCUGAUGAACCUCUCGUCUUCCAUGCAUCCAUCACCAGGCUCGGAUUCCAGAGAGACCCGUGAUCUCCUGAUCAGUGAAAAGUUUGGAUACAAAAGUGAUGCCUCAACGAGGUGCAAUCCCAAUCAGGCACAUCUCAGAUCUGUGCAGUCCAGGUUACCUCUGACCUCUGGACAGUGCACCUGGAACUGAUCCUAUGGCAUCUAAAUGGGCGCAAAGCCCGAGACAAGAUGCAGGUUGUUGGUCCAGGUUAUUAUAAUGCGGAUCAUUUGAAGGGACACUCACGCCAAAGAUGUCCGCCAACACCUUCUCCAGCCCAGCUGCUACUCGACAGCAUUACAGAAAUAACUUGUCAAUGAGUGGCAGUUUUCUGUUGGCUUGGUGUUGCGCUUCCCAUUCCAGUCUUCUGGGCCUUGGGCCAGUAGAUUCAUACUGGAGGGUUAGAGGGGGCUAAUGGACUCCCAGAACACCAUGACGAUCUUCUCUGAGUGGAACCGGCUAUAGAACCUGAAGUCCUCAUUGGCUGCACAGAAUCUUUUGGAACUGGAGGUGUCCAAAAAGCUGUUGGACUUGUAGCUCUUGUUCCUUGAUUCCACCCAAUGCAACAUUCAAUGCACCUAUUUAUAUUGAACAACAAAAAAUAUAAUUAUCUAAGUACAACAUGAACAAUUUCAACGAUUUUACUGAGUUCAGUCAAUUAAAAUAAAUACAUUAGGCCUUAAUCUAUGGAUAUCACGUUACUGGGCAGGGGCACGUCCAUGGGUGGGCCUGGGAUUGCGUAGGCCCACCCAAUUGGGAACCAGGCCCAGCCAAUCAGAAUGAGUUUUUCCCCACACUAGCUUUUAUUACUGACAGAAAUGCUCCUCGGUUUCAUCAGCUGUCCGGAUGGCUGGUCUCAGAUGAUCCCGCAGGUGAAGAAGCCAGAUGUGGAAGUCCUGGGCCGGUGUGGUUACACGUGGUCUGCAGUUGUGAGGCGGGUUGGACGUACUGCCAAAGGAGGCUCUUAAGUUGGAGCGCAGAGUGGGAGAAGAGACGCAACCUGGCUAGCCAGUUAGCUUGAUGCAGCUAAUGUAAUACCUGAACUAUAGCAACUCUUUGCAGAACUGUAACGCUGCACUACAACACAUCAUCAACCAUCUGGAAAACUUAAGUUCACGUUACUCACCAGGGAGAGGAGGGCAGGCUUAGUCAUGGGACACUGCAGUCAGUGCAGAGGGACCAACACUUGUCAAUAGCUGAGACAUCCACCUCCUGUUCCCGGACAUUAGUUCCCAGUCACAAACUUGCUCUAUCAAAGGGAGAGACCCAAGAAUGCAGGCAUCCUCCCCAGUUGUUCCAGGAGAACCGACAGGGAACGGUCCCCAUCAGAUGUUGGCCAGGUUAAAAUGCAGGCUAUUGACUAAAGGUGCUCCCAUGUAUAAAAAAAAUAAAAAAAAUGAAGUCUGGGCCCUCAUCUGUUCUAAUUGCUGUCACUUAAAGUCUUAUCCUUUGGGGAAGUUGUGGAAGCUGAGAUGUUUUUGUUCUGGCAGAAAAAAGGGGGACACUACAGUAGCAUCGAGAGGAUUGUGCUGCCAUUAAGCUAGCUUGCUAACUCUGCGCUGUUGCUAGCAACCUUAGCAUAAACCGCAACAACGUUCCAUUCCAACAAGUCAAUGCACAGCCAUAUGCUGGCUGAAAUCAGUUGCUGAUAGGACAGACAAGUUGUAAAUGCAACAUGUACUGAUAUUGUAUCAUAUAGCACUCACAGCUUUCCAAGGAAACAAAAAUUGACAUUUAUGGUUUGUUUACAUAUAUUUGAGGCUAUUUGUACAGAAAUGGUAUAAAACCCGUAUGAAUUGUAUUUAUAAUUAGUGCCGUCAAAGUAUUCACACCCCUUGAUUUUAUUUCACAUUUUGUUGUCACAGCCUGAAUUCAAAAUGGCUGCCAAUAUGGCUUCCAUUUUCACCGCAUUCUGAAACUGAGGGUUUGACAUAAUCCCUCUAAUUUAAUAGGAUCUCUAUGGUAGUAGCAUGGCAGGAUCUCCAAGUGUUGCACUCAAUAGUGUCUGCGCUGCAACACUACCAAUCUUUUUGUUCCAGGUAACACCCCAGUGUACGACCUGCUCAAGGCCGAGGGCCAGGCGCACCAACCCAACUUUACGUUCCGCGUGUCCGUGGGAGAGAUCAGCUGCACCGGCCAGGGGCCCAGCAAGAAGGCUGCCAAACACAAGGCAGCAGAGGCCGCCCUGAAGAUGAUGAAAGGAGGGCUAGGGGGACCAGUGGUGCUGGGAGAAGGAUUGGGAGAAGGGUUUAUUGGGGUGGAAGAGCCUUUGGAUGGGGACAGUUCUCCGUCAGAGAUGAAGACUUCAGGAAGUGGCACGUCUCAGCAGUCAGAAUGCAACCCUGUGGGAGCUCUGCAGGAGCUGGUGGUUCAGAAAGGCUGGCGCCUGCCAGAGUACACCGUGACCCAGGAAUCGGGUCCUGCCCACCGCAAGGAGUUCACCAUGACAUGCCGGGUCGAGAGAUUCGUUGAAAUUGGCAGUGGCACAUCGAAGAAGCUAGCCAAGCGGAAUGCAGCAGCUAAGAUGUUGUCCAGGAUACACGAUGUUCCUGUAGACCUGAGAAGCAGCCACGAGACUGAGCCUGAGGAUGACACUUUUAUCAUGAACAUGGGCAGCAGGGUGGAGGCAGGGAAGUGUAAAGGUCUGGGCUGUACCUGGGACUCUCUGAGGAACUCUGCUGGGGAGAAGAUUCUGCAGCUGAGGAGCCACCCUCUGGGCAUGCCCAGCUCUGACUUCUGCUCUCUGCUACACGACCUCUCAGAGGAGCAGCGCUUUGACAUUAGCUACCUCGACAUAGAGGAGCACAGUCUGAGCGGACUGUGCCAGUGUCUGGUAGAGCUAUCCACUCAGCCAAUCACAGUGUGCCACGGCUUCGCACCCAAUCAGGACGCUGCCCGCGCCAGCGCAGCUCACAAUGCACUGCAGUACCUCAAAAUCAUGGCUGGGGGGAAGUGACCGUCUCCCAGACCGGCCUCUCUCCAUGGCAACGACCUAGACCCUGAUCAUGUGACACAUCCACCUCGGAGGGUGGAAACAUCUUCCAACCAAUGGUGGUUAGGGGAAGUGACCAUUGAUUGACCCAGAAUUACCCAUGAUGUGGGAAUUGAGAAUUGUCCCCACACAUCCCUGUAGCCCUAUCUGGUCUGUUCAUUCCUAAAUGCCCCCUGAAGAUAUCCCACAUAGCCCUAGAUAAUUUGUCCCUAUGCCCUGAAGAUAUCCCACAUAGUCCUCGAUGUCCUCUUGAUUGGCUACACUGGCCAUUUAUUUGGAUGGUCAGUCACCCACCUGCUCUGCUGUUACGUGCCUAGAGAGAUACUCUGCAGAGAAAAGGGCAAAAUACAUUUUACAACAACCCCCAUUUGACUGUAGCCUCUUUCUCUAGUUGCCACAUCUACAAUGAUUGACUUUGGUUGCCUUUUCAUUAGCUAGUACUUUGUCGUCAACCAAAAAUAUACCCCCCGUUGAAGAAGUCUUGGCCUGAAUGAAGUCUGAUUUUGGACAUUGAACGACAUGAGUUCUUAAAUUGGAGACUUGUGUACUUUUAUUGACAAGUUGACAAGAUCCAGCCCAUCUGUCUGUCUUGUCAUUUUUUGUGUUUAGUAAUUUGCCUUUUAGAAGAGUCAUCUGAUAACUGUUAAAAGGUGUACAUUUUAAAUUAUGAUUGCUUAACAUCUGAAAUGCAAAAUGUUAUUUUGAGUUUUGGAAUUACAUUUAACAUUGUGUACUUUACCAUUGAAUUUCUUUUGUCAGACCUCACAAAACCCCGUUUGAAAUUGUGAAUGUAUUACUGUGAUCUAAAAAUACACAUUUUAAGAUGUCAAAAGUGAAUCGCUGUUUGAGUAGCUGAUUGCUCUCGUAAAACCGUGUCAAUGGCCCUUCAAUUAAUUGAUAUUAUCACUUUCCCUCAACUGUGGUUGUUCAUAAUGUCUGAAAUGGACCAUCUAAUUAGCCUGUGUGCCAGUCUGUUCAUGGUCUCUUACCCACUACUUAUGGAAUUGCAAUGUUAAACAAUGACAAUAGAGUAGGCCAAAAAGCACAAACAGAUCUGGGACCAGGCUAGCAUCUAAUUGAGAUGGAAUUGUAUCGCUGCAUUUAAUAUAGUAGAUCAUCUAAGUUGGAUUCUCCUAAUCUGACUAAUCUGCUCCUCAUCUACCUCCUGUUACACGCUAAUGGUAUAGCCCGAACUCUCUAUCGUCCAGUGUUUACUCCCACCACUUCAGAGAGUCAAGGUUUCAUAUGGGACGUUGAGUCAAGAAUAGUAUUGGUGUAAUGAGUGUCUGAAGUAUACUGGCUGUAGUAGGGUGACACUAGGUUGCUGCUACAUCUCAUGAUGAGCAAGCAGUGAGAGAAACGCAAUGUACCGCACACCUCUGAUUUCAGAUUAGUUGGGUUAAAUGCGGAAGACUCAUUUCAGUUGUACAACUGACUAGGUAUCCUCUUAUUUCCCCUUUUCCAAUGUUUGACGAUUUUGUGGAAAGUGUUGUUGCCCAUAUACAUAGGCCACGUUUCAGUUCGACUAUCGCGGUUUUGCUUUGUUCCUUUUUGAUUAAAAUACUUGAUUUCAGUGCAAAUAAAUGUUUUUUGAAAUCA